CUCCCAACCCGCUCGUCCGCUAUAAAGUCUCUGUCUCAACCGUCAGUCUGUUGAGGAAAUUCUUUAUUUUCCUUCCCGGCGGGUGGUGUGAAGACCCUGAGAAGACUUGGUCUAUUCAACCGGCACGCCAAGAACAACUCUCCUCAGGUCUCCUCGUGGUUCAGAUCAGCCACCUCCUAAAACACCACGCAGCUCUGCCUUAAUACCACCACCACCACCUGCCAGCUCUUGCACUGUAACCAAGCCAACCCAAAGCCUUCAAAAUGAUGCAGAUCAGCGCCGACCCCGCCAACAACAAGCACUCCCUCAUCAACGUCAUGCACCGCUUCAUCGCGGCUGCCAACAACAUGGACGAGACCAUCAUGGUGCCGAGCCUGCUGCGGGACGUGCCGCUAGAAGAGCGGGCCGCCAGCGAGCUGGAGCCCAACAACAACAACGGCGACCAAAAUCACGAGCCGCCGUGUCCCAACAAGCAGAGGGACAUGUACGAGCACUACCUGCUCCUCAAGUCCAUAAAAAACGACAUGGAGUGGGGCCUGCUGAAGAGGGAGAUGAGCAGCGGCGCCAGCUUCCUGGAGAUGGCGGUGAAGCAGGAGGAGCAGCAGCAGCAGCACGGCGUCGAGAACACUGACCUGGAGAACCAGUUUCACUAUCACCUCAGGGGACUGUUUGGAGUUCUAUGUAAGCUCACGUUGCAGGCCGACCACCUCACCAACAGGUACAAGAGGGAAAUCGGAGGUGGAAACUUCAUGAGAUAGAAGUCACAACAUUUAUUUUUUAUUGUUAUUUUGCUCCCCUCUGAUGGACUGCUUGACCUGCACUAUGGGUUUUACUGAAGAGGUCUCCAUCUCUUCUUGAUCGUAAUGGUCUGUGAACCGACCAUCGGGGGGGAGAUGAAGGAACUUCUCACUCCCGACUUCCCUUGCAAACACACGGAUGGAACCAGUGACGCCUGCAUGCGUCCCUCUGCCUGUCUCUGUGCAGAACGGACUCUGUGGCAGAGGUUUAUUGAGUCUGUUCCCCCAAGUCCACAUGAAGCGCAGCACUUGUUCAUGGAGAAAUUUGGCCCUUUUUUGUCUUUUUGGCCCUUUUUUGUCUUUUUCAUUUCAAGUUUAAACCUGAAAUGGUCACCAGUUUGUUAAUAAAAUAAGGUUUCUGACUAGGAGAACUUGAAUGCUGGUUAUUCUGUCACUCCUUUAUUUUUAAAACUUAUAAUUUAACGCUGAGCUGAAGGGCUCUUAAACCUAUUGAGGUUACUAAAUCUUUCCACUUGGUAUUACUGUAACAUGGUGUGCCUUGACUUAUUUUUGUUGUAUACACAUAUGCCCCUUUCACUUAAUGUAUGACUGCUUAAAUGAUUUGUGAUAUUAAGUUGUUUGUCCUUUCGAUUUUUCAAAUGUUGAAUUGAAACGGUGAAACUGAAAUAAAUAAUUUGAAACUUUA